AUUUUUUUUAAUUUUUUUUAUCAUUUUGAGCAGUUCGAUUGAAAACUAACACGAACAUCCCACUUACAUUCCGCUGCCGAAUUUGGCUUCGCAGAAAAUGGAAGAAGAAAACAACGUAUUCAAAGAUGAACAAGAACAAGAAAUCAAUGAAUCCUUUGUUUGCUGCGUUUGCUUGGAUCUGUUAUACAAGCCCAUUGUGCUAUCUUGUGGCCACAUAUCAUGUUUCUGGUGUGUCCAUAAAUCAAUGAAUGCAUCACGCGAAUCCCAUUGUCCAACUUGUAGGCAUCCAUACUACCACUUUCCAACAAUCUGUGAAAUGUUUCACUUUUUGCUUCUUAAGACAUAUCCUGAAGCUUACAAGAGAAGGGAAAAUCAGACUCUGGAGGAAGAAAAGGAAACGGGUCACUCCUCCCCUCAAGUUAUAUGUGAUCCUCCUGGGGAUUCGCUUACCGGUACUACCAUAAAUCAGACGUCUAACUCAGGCAGCACAUUAUCUUUUGAAAGUAUGGAGCAAUCAGGGUCUGCAAAUCAUAAAGGAGACGAAGGCAUCAUUUUGGAAUACUCUUCUGACAGGAAACAUGGAACAAUAUUGCCUCAAAAUGGGCACAUUCAGCAACCAAAAAUAUUAGUUGCAGAUUUAAUGUGCCCAACGUGCAAGCAACUUCUCAUUCAUCCUGUUGCUCUUAAUUGUGGUCAUGUAUACUGUGAGACUUGUAUCACCGACUUAUCUCAUGAGAUGUUUAGAUGUCAAGUUUGUCAAAGUCCACAUCCCGAAGGAUUUCCAAAAGUUUGUUUGGCUCUUGACCAGUAUUUAGAAGAGCAAUUUCCAGAAGAGUACACACAGAGAAGAGAUGCAAUUCAACUUGGUCAAAUCAAAGUCCAACCUGAGACCACAUCUUCUUGUUCAUUAUCUACCGACAACAGAGAAAGGAUAGCUUGGGGUUCUAAUCCUGAAUUGUUGAUUCACCCAGGAGUUGGUUGUGAUUUUUGCGGGUUGUACCCAAUAAUUGGGGACAGAUAUAAAUGUGUUGACUGUGAAGAGAGUAUCGGCUUUGAUCUUUGUGGUGAUUGCUAUAACAAACGUUCAAAGCGUCCGGGCCGAUUUAAUCAGAAGCACACCCUUGACCACACACUCAUGCUUGUACAAUAUCGGAGGAUGCUAAUUAGCCGUGGACAAGAUUCUUCAGAUUUAAUAGUUAUACCGGAUGAUCCUGAUUCCUCCUCUGAUGAGGAAUAAAACCAGAGUCACUCUGAUGCCACAAAAUCGCAUUAUCUUAUGGCGGUACUCAUAUUUAUGGAUUUAAUGGUUAAUUACACGCUAGUGUGAGGACAGGAUCCAAUGCUUCAUAUUUCAAUCAGAUCGGUUAUGUUGUGAAUCCUCAAAUCCACAUGGUUUAUCUGGUUUUCCUGAUUUGUGCAUAUUGAUUUUUUUUUUUUUUUUUUUUUCUAUCACAGCUAAAUCUGUCGUUUGGUUGUAGCAAUUUGUGACUAUUUUAGUAUGAGUUAGAUAUAGGUUAUUGUGUUGACUUAGGCCUUGACAAUAUAAGCAUUACCUCUAUUGACAAGGCAAGGUACAUAUUUCCAAGAGUUUUCCUGAAUUUACAAAAAGCAAGUAUGCUAUAAAAACAUUUUGGUGAUGAUAUUAUUCAACUUAUGCAUGAGAAUGAAGUAUGUUUGAACUCUUUCUAGCAAA